GAUUCAUGUGAUGCUCAAGUUUGGUGGCAUAUAUGAGUUGUGGCACUUGGUGCUAAGUGAUAAAGUGAGAAGAUCAUUGCAGAGCCAAUAAGCAACAGAUGGAGCCAACAGGAGGAGGAAUAUAUCGGUGCACACACACAUAUAUUUAUAUUACACAAGCUGGCACACAACGCUUAAUAAGACCAAACAUGAUGAAGCACCUUGAGGUGCAAUGGCCUUAAGGUUUGACUCCCAGAUGAAAUGUAGUACUCCAGUUCCAGUCCAAGGGGGGCCAUUCUCUGCUCUCCAUUUCUUUCCUCGCUCAAGCAGAUCUUUCCCUUUGCUGAGCCAAGAGGAGCUUGUGGAGUCCUUGAAUGGGAGUCCCUAUGACAUGAAUGACUUCAGCCCUGGCCUGUUUGAGAGCAGUGACUGCUCCUUGCCUGAUUCACAGCUGGUCAGAAGGAUUGUGUCGCAAGUGGAGUUCUACCUUUCUGAUGAGAACUUGUCCAAAGAUGCCUUCCUCCUGAAGCAUGUCCAGAAGAACAAGAUGGGCUUUGUCAGCAUUAAACUCCUGACAUCUUUUAAAAAGGUGAAGUACUUAACCCGAGAUUGGCGAGUGACACUCUAUGCUCUGCAGUUCUCUGACCUGCUAGAAGUAAAUGAAGAAGGAACAAAGGUGAGGAGGAAGAACCCCAUUCCAGGGUAUCUGGUGAACAUCCCUCCAAGUAAAAUGCUACUGGCCUGGAAUGUCCUUCCCUAUGAGCAAACCAUUUCUGCCUCAGUUGUGUUCCAGACUACCUUUCUUGAUAAGAUCACCAAGCUGUUUGGGCCAUUUGGUGACAUCAGCGCUAUACGCAUUAUCCGCCCCGGCAAGAAGCUCCCUUCAGAUGUGAAGAAAUAUUCCUCGCGGUACCCUGAACUCUUGACCAAGUGUUGCGCUUUGGUGGAGUAUGAGAGUUUGGAGAGUGCUCGGAAGGCUUUUGAGGAGCUUGGCCACAACCAAGUCUCAUGCUCUGGGGAAGCCAUUAAAGUAGCCAGCCUCUCUGGAAGGGGUUCCAAAAAGAAGAGUUUUGCCAAUCAGGAAGAUGGUGAAGAGACUGAAGAGAUGGAGAAGGCAUCUAGAAAGUGGACCACCAUGUUGCCAGAAGGCCUCAGACAUGCUCUUGAAGACUCUUCCUUGUACAGCUCAUCUACCGAGUCAGAUAGUACCCCGGUUUCUACUCCUAUCCUACCUCGGAAUUUCCUUUCUGCUCCAGUAUGGCCAACCACCAGCUUCUGCAACUCUGCUAGGCAGGCAUUCAAACCAAAUUUCUUCAGCAUCCCAUAUGCAGGCCCUUUUCCGCUACACAAGUCACUGGCUUGGCCAUUUUGCCCUUCCCCCCUCUCUGUACCCAAGCUGGGCAAUGUUACUUCUGAAUUACAAAAGUCAUCUGACUCCUGCUGGGACAGUAGGGUAGGCACUGGGAACUUGUGGAUGCCAAAAAGGCGUGGAGCAGUCUGCAGUCAGCUCCUCCCACUGAAACCAGAGCCCUUGAGCACAGUGGCUGAUUCCAGAAGGAUGUCUGAAUCACUUGGUGUUCAGACGGGAGUGAUCCGCCUUCCUCAAGGACCAGAUGGUACCAGAGGUUUCUACAAUACCAUUGGGAGGGGGAAAUUUGUGUUGCGACAUUAAGCUUUAUGGCAAAUUUAUAUAAAGUAAAUGCACUAUUUCUGCAGUGGCUUCAAAUCCAAUGGAUUCUGGAUUCUGAUCUGUCAGAGCUCUAGGGCUAUAGAGACUGCUGGCUUACACAGUGGGAGGAUGCUUGAGUGCUGCUAGUCUCUUUGGCCCCCUCUUUUUCUUUUUUCUUUUUCUUUUUCUUUUUCUUGGAAUUUGACCUUUUGCAUUGAUGAUAGGCUACUGAAUAUGAAGUCUGAAUUAUUACAAUACAGAAUACUAAGGCAGAGUUAUGGGUAAGAUUAAAUUUGGAAUGCUUGACUUCUAUUGC